CAUCUUAAAAAAUAAAAAACACAUUUCUUUGACAUUUCUCUCUCUCUGUCUCUCUCUUUUUUUUUAACAAUGGGAUUAAAACAGAUUAAAUUCAUCGAAUGGUUUCAGAACAAAUUCCCUGAGGCUGUUCGAAAUGUACCUAAUAGUGAAGGGUCGCACUUCGACUCUGUAUUUAUUGACCUCAAUGGUAUCCUUCACCCUGCUAUACGGAACGCAAGGGAUGAGGCCAUGUUUGUGAAGAACCUCUUUGCUAUUCUUGACCAUUUACUGGUUCGAUUUAUCCCAUCCAGGAUCUGCUAUCUAUCUAUCGAUGGUCCUGCACCUGUCGCUAAAAUACUUACUCAAAAGGCCCGUCGCGCUACCAAGAGCUCUAAAAAAAAUUUAAAGGGAAUGAGUUCACUCCAUCUAACCCCAGGAUGCCCUUUCAUGUUACGACUAGAACAAUAUGUCAGCUAUUACGCAGUUCGAUAUUUACAACAACGUCAGUCAAAGGGCAUAUCACCAGAUCUCAAGUUUGUAAUAGAUCACUCUAAUAACCCAGGGGAAGGAGAGAGUAAAAUCAUUGAGAACAUUAAACAGCAAGCUCAGAAUAUCCGCGAAAGGCCUUGUGCUAUCCUGAGCAUGGAUUCAGAUGCAGUUCUUCAGGCCAUCGCAUUGGGCUUGCCCAACAUUUAUGUUGUUCGCCAAGAUGCUAUCUUCAAUCCUGCGAUUGUCGUAUCUAUUGACAAAUUCAUGCGUAUCUUGGAAGAGCAAUUCCCAGGACAAUCUAAUAGAGUCCGGCUUGAUUUCUGUGCACUCUGUCUGUUCCGUGGCAACGACUACCUCAGAGGAUUGGCUGUUAGGCUGGAGCAGCUCUGGAAAGCAUAUCUGUUCACUAAAUUAAUUGAUCCAACCAUUCAGGGACUGCGAACAGGAAUAGAAGCUGAGACAGGAGAACAUCAGUUCUUGAUCGAUGCCAAAUUCAAAACCUUUGAUCUCUUGUUUUUGAAGCAGCUCAUCCUCAAUUCAUACAAGGAUCCGAAAAAAUUGCAACUCUCUCCUGAUCCUGCACAACAAGACCAAACAACUUUGAAGUCGAAACGAUGGCCUCGGAAGCAAAAGCCAAGACCAGAUCCGGAGUCGACUCAACCCAAUCAACCAUCAAUACCUAUCAUAACCAAGAAGAAUGCAGGGUUAACGUCGAAUGUUCAUGUAGACAUUGUGCAGGACCAAGUCUAUGGCCAUGAUAGUGACAAAGAGUCCAUAGAUAAAUCCGAAGGGCCUGAAAAUGAUGUUAGUGAUGACGACAGCGGCGACAUUGAAGCCCUUAGAGCAACAACAAACAUUGAUAAUUAUGAUGCCGCCAAUGAGAAAGAGGAAGAAGGAGUGCAAGAAGAGGAGGAAGAAAAGGAUGAAUGUGAAGAGGAAGAGGAAGAGGAAGAGGAUAAUGGCAAUAGCAGCAAAAGAUUUUUGUCAGAUGAUCCCAUUGCUCUUAAAAGCCCGCGUUCGUCAGUCAAAAAGUUUUUGGAAGGAAUUCUUUGGAACUUGGAAAUGUACUGCUCAGGAACUUGCCCUGAUGUGUCUUUUAGAUAUGAAUAUCACUGCGCGCCCCCUAGAAGAGCCGUCAUUGCAUAUAUUGAUUCCAUCAUGGAUCCGUCCAAGGAUACCUACAAGGAUCUCGUCCCUAGUACAACAGUACGGCUCUUGAAUGUGACAAGGACUGCCAAGAAGUAUCUUCAUCCUCUUGUCUGUGGCCUUAUUCUUCUACCUGUAGAUGGUGGUGCAGCAUACUUACCACAGUCAAUUGCCGCGGUUCAUACACAAAUUGUGUCCGUCCAAUCCCCCGAUGUACAUCUCUCUCAGGACGAGAUGGAGGCUAUUGAUGCCAAAGUGAAGCACCUCAUUGAGAUCCUGCAGUCAUCCGAUAAAAACCAGGAUGCGGCUAUCGCGCAGGAACUAGCCGAUUUAUAUGAUACACGAUCCCCAUACAUCUGGACAAGAGUCCGCCGGUUGUUAAAUCAACAUGCAAAGCCAACUGCCAUGCCUCAUAGCCCCAGCUUCAUUAUCCAACAGCUCCAAGACCCCAGCAUCACUUUCGACCAAACCCAGACACUUCAGUUUUCUCACCUUGAGUUUCAGCCAGAUAUCAUACGUAGUCUUGUCAAAGUCCCUCCAAAGACAGCUUCGUAUACUGCCACCACCACGACAACAACGAUGACGGCAUCAAAAACCGCGGCUCAGGACCUUAGUCAGGAUGCACCUUUACAACAAAAUAAUAUCGAUACAAACAUCAGUGUCAGUACCACCGCUGCUACUACCGUCGCUACAGGCAUCCUCUUGCCAUCCAAUCAAAUACGGGAUCCCAGCGCUCCAUGGGCUGUUGAGGCCCGCCAGGAUGCAAUUACAAAAUCUGGAAAAGCUCCACCAAUUCAAUGGCCAUUUCAUUAUAUCCACAGAAAUGGGAAUAUGCGCCAACGACGUUUGGCCGGACACGGUCAUAUCGCACAUGGACAUGUACAUGGUCCGCCCUCACAUCAUUUUCACUCCCAUGAUAAGCACCAACAUGGUUACCAUCAGGCCCAACAGCCCCAACCUUUCACUUUGUUAUCGAAAGCUCAGCAACCCAACUCAAUGCUAGAAGCCCAGCAACCUACCUCAGCGCCGACAUCCCAACAGCCCACUUCACAGCCGAAACAGCACCGUCGCCAUUUGCAACGACCUCCUUCACGUCGGGUAAAAAAUCAUUCUCAGAGUAAAAUACUUGAACCAUCAUUGUGAAUUGAAAUUACAGCGUCUGUUUUCUUUAUUGUCAACGGGGUUAGUAAGCCGAUUUUAAAUAUUGACAGCCGAUUGAUUUUGAAAAGAUAGAUGCUGCUAAUAAUUAAUCAUCAUAUUUUACUGUAUUUAUUCCUUGGAUUACAUCUUAAUACCUGUAAUUCAUUAUCAUAACCAUCACCAUAAUUACCAUAAUUACCCAACCAUGUAUAUUUUUAUACCACUUUAUACAACCGCUUUUGCUUCAUUUAUUACGUUAACAUAUCAUGUACUGCCUCCGUUAGAUCUUUGAG